AUGGCCGACGCGAACGGAUCCUCCUCGCUGUCGCCGCAGCACUCCUCCGGCGGCGAGUUCGUGACCGGCGACUUCGUGGCGGUGCCGGGGGCCGGCCCGCACGCGUCGUUCCAGGCGCUGCUCGCGUCCGUGGGCGGCCACGGCGUGCACGGCGACGUGGCGAACGUUCUGGCGCAGCGCCAGUACCAGGAGUUCGAGCAGCUGUUCGGGCCGCCCGGCCCGCUGAUCCAGGCGCCGCCGCAGCCAAUGCCCCUCCAGGUCCAGGCCCCCUCGCCGACCCCGCCGCCGCCGCACUGCGCCCAGUCCAACCUGCUGAUGCCCACCGGGACGCACAACUACCAGCACUGGCAGCCGCCCGCCCCCCAGCUCGGCGUCGCCGCGGCGCCACGGCAGGCCCCGAUGGGAGCAGGGGGUUUUGGGGACUGGACCAUGUACAACGUCAACAGCACGAUCCUGUCUGUCGCGUGCGGUAGCAACAGCGGCAACAACAAUGGCUACCAUCAGAGCUCCAGGCUCUGCUCCGCCACUGCAUGGCCCAACAACUUCAUGCCGCCGCCGCCGAGCUCUUACAGUGUUUACCCUCAUGGCAUACAGCAGCAGCAGCAGCAGGGUCACCAACAAGCCAUCACCUACAAUGCCAACAAUAAUCAUCAGCAAGGUAAUUCAGGCUUUGUAUCCAACUUCAGUGUGGAUCCACCAUUACUACCUGCUCAAUGCUUUCAACCAAUAUCUCCGGUGCCAAACAAUCGCUCUCCUCCACAAUUAUUCGAGGAGUCCAGAUACGCCAGAAGGGCCAAGAGGCGCACCCAGAAGAGGAAGAAUUCAGAGGACCCGCCUGAGAUGGGAAGUGAAAACAGUGGUGGACUAGAUCACGCCAUGAUGCUAGAUGGGAAUCACAACUUCAGCAACCUGGGCCGGCAAAUUUUCAUUACUAGGUUCAACUGUAAAGACUACCAUAUGGUUGUGUGGAAGGAGUUGACCAACAGUGAUGUUGGAAAUAUUGGAAGAAUUGUACUGCCAAAGAGGGAUGCCGAGGCUAACCUUCCAGCUUUGCUUGAAAGGGAUGGCCUGAUACUCAAGAUGGAGGACAUGAGGCUUCCUGUUACAUGGAACUUUAAGUUCAGGUACUGGCCUAACAACAAGAGCAGAAUGUAUGUCUUGGAAAGUACUGGAGAAUUUACAAAGCACCAUAAUCUAGCGACACAAGACACCUUCAUCAUCUACAAAAGCCUCGAGUCCGGCAAAUUUAUUGUCCGUGGGGAGAAGGUGACUGGGCAGUGCGCUACCUUAAUCUGUCCGGAAUGCAAGGAGCAAGGCCGCAUCAACAACAGACAAUGCGGGUUCACCAGAAACCUGCACGCCAGGAAAAGAAGAUCGAUGCCUGCCGUCUUCACCUCAGCACCAUCACAAUGA